AGCAAGUUACAAUCAAGUUUCCUUAAAGUGAAGUUCUAAGACUGCAAAAAGUUUAAAUUUACCAAAAAAAGAAUUAAAAACACAAUGAAAGUUCUAAUUGCAUUAUUUGUAGCAUUCUGUGCAGUUAGUGGAUUUAGUUUUCUUAAUCUUUUCUCAGAAUCUAUUGAGAUUGCACCAUUCAAUAGUUGUACUGGUAUUAAAGAUGGAACUCGACUCGCAAUUGCUGGAAACUGCAACGCUUUCACACUUUGUGACUCAGGAAUCGGAUUGAAUCUAACAUGUAGACUGUCUGAACCUCAUUUUGAUCCAUGCUUAAAAGUCUGUAGCAGUGAUAUGAAUGUUUGUAGUAAAACAUGCUCUGAUGAUACAACAACCACAGCAAGUACAACAACAACCACAACAACGAAGGCAGAAGACCCAACAACCACAACAACAACAACAUCAACAACAACAACAACAACAACAACUAAAGCACCAGUCACAACUACAACAACAAAGUUUGCUGUACCAACUGUCCCAAUAGGAUGUACUCCAUCAUGUUCAAAAACUUUCAAUACAACCGUUUGUGAAUGCACAGAAAAGUGGGUUUGUGUAAAUCAAGUGUGUACAUGUGAUGCUACAAAAGCAUGUCCAGUGGAUAGAGCAACGUGUGAGGGAACAGGAACUGGUGGUUGUGGAUGUGCUGAAAGAUGCGACUGUACUGGAACUGCACCCGAUGAGAAAUGUUUCUGCAUAGCAGAUGUAGUUUGUCCAUUUAACAAAGCUGAUUGUGCUGGUAUUUGUGAUUGUGCAGAACAAUGUGAUGAUACAGUUUGUAAAGAAGACACAGCAGUGGCGGGCACAUUCAUCUGUACAGCAUGCAAUAAAACAGCUCAAUGUUCAUUCGCAAAUACUGAAUGUGCAUCAAAGUGUGGAUGUGCUAAUAAUUGUAACUGUACAACUGACACAUCUUGCACUUGUAAUCCAAUUUGUGCAUGUAUUGAACCUCCAGUCGUUUGUCCUUUCAAACCUUCUGAUUGUGUAGCUAGAUGCGGAUGUGAUAAGCGUUGUGAAGCAACUUGUAAUGGUGACUUUUGUGUCUGUGAUCCCGCAGUUAAAUGCAUAUAAAGUUAAGUUUUUGUUAAUAUUAGGACUAUCAGAACUUAUUAAGGCAGUGUUUUUUGGUCCACGGCACAGUACCAACCAGCCAGACGAACAAAUUGCAUUGUUAAGCUUCCUUUUUAAAAUCAGCGUUAAAAACAGUUAAAAUUUCAGUUAUAAAUAACUUUGCAAUGCAUCUGAGAAGUUCUCAUAGUAAACUAGUGUGCCGCAACCAACAGAUCAAGAAUCACUGUCUAUCUAUUAUUAAGUAGAUUUUGGUGUAGGAUAUGGAC